AUGAGGUGGGCUGUAUUGUUCACAUGCCUAAGCAUACGUGCUGUUCAUAUCGAGCUGAUUGAGUUGAUGGACACAUCAAGCUUCAUCAAUGCUCUACGAUGCUUCUUUGCAGUGCGUGGUCCAAUAAAGGUGAUCCGCUCUGACUGUGGGACGAAUUUUAAGGGAGCCUGCAAAGAGCUGCAAAUUAUCCUACAAGAUGAGAACAACAUCUCAAAGUAUCUUAAUGAGGAAGGAUGCACGUGGCUAUUCAACCCACCCCACUCUUCCCAUAUGGGGGGAGUGUGGGAAAGAAUGAUCGGGGUUUCAAGAUGGAUCCUUGACUCCAUGCUUUCUCAGACUAGCUCCUCGCAUCUUACUCACGAAGUGCUUUCAACUCUUAUGACUGAGGUUAUCGCAAUAAUAAAUGCAAGGCCUCUCGCACCUAUCUCAGCUGAUGCAGAAUCACCCUUUCUUCUGACCCCAGCCACGAUCCUGACACAGAAGGUCUGCACCACUUCUCCUCCACCAGGAUCCUUUGAAAAUGCAGAUCUAUAUCGUCAGCGGUGGAAAAGAGUCCACAUUUGGGAGAGAUGGAGACGAGAAUAUCUUCCUACUCUACAGAGCCGAAGCAAGUGGCAAGACAGUCAGCCCAAUGUCAAGGAAGGAGACUUGGUGCUGCUCAGAGACUCUCAGGUGAAAAGGAACCAAUGGCCCAUGGCUCUCGUUACCAAGGCUCACCCUGACGACGAUGGUAAGGUCAGGAAGCUUGAGCUGAAGGUUACCAAAGGAGGGACUAUUAAGACCUUCCUCAGGCUGGUAACUGAAGUAGUGGUGCUUAUGCUAUCCUAAGCCUCUACCAUGGACAGUUCCUUGCUUAUUUUGUUACUCGGUUGUAAAUAGUUUGUAACUGACUGUUAUUAGAGAAUUGGUAGUGGUAUUGUGAUCAAUACCAGACGGGGAGUGUGAUGUUACAUGUAAGCAAAGUGUAUUUUAGCCCCUCCUAGUGGUUGCUUAAAAGAUUGCUGCCACCUAAAUUCACUCUUGUUCAAAGAUCUUAGAGCGAAGCAAGAUAGGUUACUCUCACGCAAACGUGAGGUACGCUCAUGGGCGGUUUCAUGGGUGAUUACAGGACACAUUUUAGUAAGCUGACUCCGCCAUCUUGUUCCGCCAUCUUGUCCGCUUUCUUGCUCCCGCCUUCUUGCUUCCGGCCAAAGAUUGGAUCCGCAGCGGGGAGAAGGAGUGCAAGGCCCGGGGCAGCGGGGAGAGAGAGUGCGGGGCC